UACAAAUUGUGACAGUAUUGAUACAAGUGAUCGGUCACUUCACAGCUUUCAGAUAUACCUAUAUAUAAUUAUACGUUUCUAUGACAAUCAUACGCACCUUGUGUUACCAAGGCGAUAACAUCAACAACAUUAGCCAAUUGAUUCCUGUGUUUAACGCGAGUAAAACGUAGAAUCAGAUUCAAAUAUUGAUAUGGAAACAGUAUAUUGAAUAUAUCGACAUGCUAGACUUUUGAAAAUAUUAUAUGUAGUUACUUUUGAAAUAGACAUGGGAAACGGAUCGUCAAUAGAGAGUACCAAAACUGUUUAUCUGGACAUAAAUGGAAAGUCAGAAAAGAUCAUUUUCAGUAGACAUUGUAGUUCCAGAGAUAUACAUGACCUUAUUGCACAGGUUGCGGGGGUCGGCAAAUUCAGCGAAAUAUCACUCAAAGAUUGCCAAGGAGCACAUGUUUCAUUGGCUCCUACAAUGCCAAUGAACUCAAAUGGAUUACCUUAUAAAGUAGCCAUCAAGGACUCGGCUCCUACAUCAGGUGAUAAUGAAGUCAUCGCUCAGGUAUUGACAACAGUUACAGAACAAUUCAACAGAGUAUUUAAAAUGGAAGAGCUAAAAUCCGAUAUAUCUUCAAGGCUUACUGCAUUGGAACGAAAAAUGGAAAUUGAAGGGCUUAAAUCUGUAGAAAUUGAGAAAUGUAAGCGAGAUAUAUCUGAGAUUAAAGACCAAAUAUGGACAGCACAAAAGAAAUUUGUUGACUUUAACAGAAUAAGACCACUCGUAUAUGGAUAUGGUUUUGAUCCUUUUUACAGUUCUGUAAGCGAUGAGACGAAAAUCAGUUUAAAAAGGGAUGUUCCAGCUUAUCCAAAGUACACAUUAUCACAUGAGACAACCGACUACCUGAAGCAGCCAACAUUUGAUAUCUGGCAUUGGGAACCCAAUGAGAUGCUUAGUUUAAUGGAGCACAUGUAUCACGAACUUGGAUUAGUAGCAGAGUUUAGCAUAAAUCCCAUUACACUAAAGCGAUGGAUCCUCUGUGUUCAAGAAAAUUACAGAAACAAUCCUUUCCAUAACUUCCGACAUUCUUUUUGUGUGACUCAAAUGAUGUAUGGAAUGAUAAACCUUUGUCGUUUAUGGGACCACAUGUCCAGAGAAAGUCUUGGAAUUCUGAUGACAGCAUGUGUGUGCCACGAUUUGGAUCAUCCGGGUUAUAACAACACAUAUCAGAUAAAUGCACGAACAGAGCUUGCCAUUCGAUAUAACGAUAUUUCACCACUAGAAAAUCAUCACUGUGCUAUAGCGUUCAAGAUUCUAUCUAAUCCUGAAUGUAAUAUUUUUUCGAACGUUGAUAAGGACACAUUUAAACGAAUCCGCUCUGGAAUGACUAUGUUGGUAUUAGCUACUGACAUGGCGCGGCACGGUGAAAUUAUGGAUGGGUUUAAGGAAAAAUUAGAACUUGGAUUCGACUACAGCAAGAAAGAUCAUAUGGACUCGCUGAAGAUGGUUUUGAUUAAAGCUUGUGAUAUUUCGAACGAAGUCAGACCAAUGGAGGUAUCAGAACCUUGGGUAGAUUGUUUGUUAGAAGAAUAUUUCAAUCAGUCUGACAGAGAGAAAAGUGAGGGACUACCAGUAGCACCAUUUAUGGAUAGAGACAAAGUAACAAAGCCAACCGCCCAGAUUGGAUUUAUCAAAUUUGUAUUGAUUCCUAUGUUUGAAACGUUAUCAAAGUUAUUUCCAGUUUUAGAUGAAACUAUGGUAGAACCAUUGCGAACAGCUCGUGAUCGAUAUGAAAGCAUGAAAGAACAGGUUGCUCAAGAUGAAAAGGAAAAGAAAUGAACAUUCAAUACACAAUAGACAUUCGUUGAAGGUACAAUUCAAUUGACAUUAUGGUUGAAGCUCAUCAAAGACUGGUGAUAAAUGUGUCAUAGGUUAUGCACGAUUUCUGAUUUUGUGAAAACUUUUUUGUAAUAAAGUUCCUUUUUAAUCUUACAAUUAUGAUAAAUGGAACCAAUAUUGUAAUAUCACUUUACCACAUAACAGAGUCGUUUGAAGAAAGCAACAUAUGGUAUAUCUAUGUUAUACUAAACGUAUGUAUCGGAGUUAUCAGAUGAAUUUAUUAGGUAUUUGGAAUUUACUGAAACUUUCGAUGGGAAAUGUUUACAUGAAUUAUCUCCCUUUGACCAGAAAUACUUCUAACCUAAAAAUCACUUAAAUUUUGAACGUGCAUUGCAAAUUAAUCUUGUGUCUUAUUAGCAUGAUACUUAACUAAAGCAUCACUUAUGUCGCUUCUUUAAACCUCUUUUUUGGAGUUUAUUACAAUAUAUUAACGUAUAGAAUAUUAUGUUCCAAGAUUAAAUUUAUUAUAAAGGUGCACAGUUCUAUUUUUUUUUAACAAUUUCGAUGGAUUAUUGUUAUGCAGAAUUGAAAAUAAAACUUUGGUAUCACGAUCUUUUAAUUUUAAAGAUAAGCAUAUAAAAUGUGAUAAUUUUACAGUGCAUUUAAAUAAGUAUGUUCAUGCGGAAAGUAAUUAUUAUCAAUUUUUAAAAAGUGACCAUUCAAGACAUUUCACAUGAAAAAUGAUUUGGAAGAUAAUAUGCAAUUCUUAGAAUAUAUCACGAAACCCUAUAAUGAUACGUAGUUGUAAUAUAUUGACAAGUUGAAGGAGAAAAAUAACGACGAUUUUUUCAAUAUUUAUUUAAAACAGGACAUAACAUGUAUAUAAAUUUGUAAUUAAUUACAACUCUCAGGGUUCUGAAAGUGAAGUUUAUUACAUGACUAUGUAUUUAAGUGUUUAGUGUAACACGCAAUCUGCCAAAAUAUCAUAUAUGUUCUAUUUGAUACAUGUUAUCAAGUCCGUUAAUGAUUUUAGGAGGUAAAUUAAGAAUUAUAUCUUUGAUUAAUAAUUUGUUUAUAAUUCUUAAGUUGAUAAUUACAUUCAUGAAGGAACGCUCCUGUAUAUAGGACGAAAUUUUAUGUAACAUUUUCAAGGAGUUCUUCACUUUAAAUUUUUUUUAACACAUAAUUAUAUGCGAAUGUAUGUACCAUAAACAAAUUCUUUGUCGGAAUGCUUGACUGUGAUUUAUUUUACGUUAACUCAUUUGAAUGAAUCAAAAACGAAAUAAUAUAACAACGUAUAUAACUUACAUACUGAAAGUAAAACAAAACACAAACGGGAUACUUUGUCUGCCACCAGGUUAUAAUGCUUGAAUUUUCUUACUUCUACCAGUUAUACAAAUGUCUAAAUAAAGUAGUAAUGUAUCACUGUACGAAUACACUCCAAUUCAUUCAUGAUGUGUAGCGAUGAUAAACGGGGGGAAAAUUAAUGUAACUUUAGGACAAUACCGAAUGAUUUCAAAUAGAAUACAAAUCAAAUUGCUGUUUCUUUCAACUUAUAUCAUCCUGAAAAGAUUAUGACGGAAAACAAAUAGAGGUAGUGACCUACACGUAACUUGGCAACGUAGGUAGAGGUAGUGACCAUGGUCCUACACGUAACUUGGCAACGUAGGUAGAGGUAGUGACCAUGGUCCUACACGUAACUUGGCAACGUAGGUAGAGGUAGUGACCAUGGUCCUACACGUAACUUGGCAACGUAGGUAGAUGUAGUGACCAUGGUCCUACACGUAACUUGGCAACGUAGGUAACAGUCUUUCUAAUAGUGACGGUUCUGAGUAUAUAUGUUGAACAUUGACAUUGUUACUUCCAGUGGCAUUGGUAACGAUGAACUUUUCUUUUGUAACUGUCGAAAUUUAAUUGAUUAUAAGAAUGUUCCGUAUGAUGUUUGUACAAUAUCAAACGGUAUGGGUUGCGAGGAUACUUGUCGUUUUCCAAUGUUACUGUUUAUGACCAAGUAUAUUACUCUAUUUUGUACAUAAUUUAUUUCAUCUAUUCCAUAGUCAUACUUAUAUAUUUUUGUCAUGUUUGUUUAAGGGUUAUAUAAAAUUGCUAAAGAAAUGGCAAUUUAUGUCGUUCAAUUUUCAUAAUCCGUCCUUUUCGUUAUGAUUCCCAAACAUUUUAUCGUUCAAAAAAAUUCAAUUGUAUUAGUUGUUAUAUGUUUGUAAAUUUUAUAUGAAAUAAAGAUUUUCAAUAGAUUUA